AAGCAGUGUUGGUCAGUCAAACAAACACUCUUAACAGUAUGGAUUUCUAAAGACUGCCCAGUCUGACAGAAACGUUUACGAGGUACAAAAGAACCAGCAGAGCACCAGUUGACAGAGAAUCGUUCAAAAGCAACACAUUAUCAGAGAUGAAAAGCUUCAGACUGUUAAUUUGACAAAAGUGGUACGAAUGAAUUGUUUCUGUUGAGGACCUUAGGAAAAUUAGUAAACAGAAGCAGAUGAGUAAUAACGAUGAUGAUACAUCACAAACAAGUGUGGCAAGAUUUCAAAUAAGACAUGAUUGUACUGGUCAUGGCCGCAUACCAACGAGGCAAUGAUAGAAUACUACUGAAAUAUAAAUAAAACUCAUUUGCAAAGCAUGCAGCCCACUUGUACAAUUGAGGUUUGUCCUGCGUCACCAAAACCGGAAGAACAUCAGAGGAAUGGAAAUACAGCUAAUUCAAACGAUAUAAAUGCAGCAGUAAAUCUCUUACAACCUUCUACAGCAAACCGUAAUAAUUUCCCUGAGCCGCGAAAUCCUGCUGUGGGUUCUGUUGACCCCUACACUGAAAUCAGAUUGUCUAACUCUUCGUUUAGCGUCUCGUCAAAUCAGCGACAAAAAUCAUCGAGAAUACGGUCGAACAGUAAGAAUGGUACUACAAGCACUGCCUUACUAAAGUCCACAAAACUCCCAACUUGGAGAACUCAUAAAUAUGGCAAAUACUGCUGGAAAAGUUGGAUCACCUUCGUUCACCUUGUUAUUGCUUUCAGAGCUAUAAUUGUACGUAUUGGAUUCAUAUGCUUCACGUGUACUGCUAUUGUGACUGUUGUGAAAGAGAAACAAGAUGCAAGAUUUUGGUUUUUAGCUCUGACAAUUAUACCUCUGUUGAUCGACCUAAUAAUAGCUAUCAAAUCAUACAUUUCUGGAAGGUCUGUGGCACCAAUAAUAUCUAAAUGGUUUUCGUUAUGCAACUUCACUUAUCUCCUUUGUGCGUGUCCACCAAUUUGGAUUAUUGAACUACACCAUAUGGACCAGGUGAACAAUGCUUCUGCCAUAUUCGAAUUGAUUUCAACUAAAAACCACACCCCAUUAUACACACCACCUGUGUGGAUUAACAAAAUUUCAAUGAUUUCACCUGAAAAUGAAAGUAUGAUGAUCAUGGGUGAGGGGAUUGAGGAGUAUAUUCACUCCGUAUAUUUGACAACCACAACAAGAGAACCUCAUGGAACAAAAAGAAUAGUUCGAGAUACAUCAAUACAUGAGCCUGUAUAUCAUUUCUUAGAUUUUGAAUAUCAACUUAUCAAUUUACAGGGUUGA